UUUUUUCUGCACUGAAUAUUUGCUGACUCAAUUCGUGUUUGAGGCGCAAUCAGGAAUUGCGCCUUGAGCAGGAAUUAAUUAGGCGGCAUCGUGGAUUCUGUGAUAAUGAUUGUUAACUAUUCAAAUCGAUGAUUGCCUGUCAAUUUGCAUGAUUGCAUGUUUUGAAGUGAGUUCGAAUAUUGACAUAGAUCUGUUACUAUGCGUGGGUUGAAUUAAUUGUCAUACUGACUAGCUUUUCUCAGAUCCGCGAUUUUCUCUAAAAAAAUUAUUCCUAAAACUUUAUUAUUUAAAAAAAUAACAACGAAAUUUCAGUUCUUCUUCCUUUGAUUCUUCUCACCUGAUUAUUAUAUCGUUAUCUCUUCUAACUCAAGAACGUCAGCAAAAUACGUAAAUAUACAAGUUAUUUUUUUGAGGCUAUGGACCUCUAUCAAAUGAGUAAUAUUUGAUAUUUUUUUAACAGUUAUAUGGAAGAUUUUUACUACUGUUAGUCGCUUCAUAACUUUUUCCUAAUUUUUGCUCAUUUUUAACAGUUUAACAGGACAUUUCUCAACACAUAAAUAAAAAGUAUUUGCUGGAGAGUAAUCGUAACCGCAAGUUCGCCUACAGACUCGCCCGCACGCCAGGAGGUGAGCUCUCUCAGUACAUGAUGAGCACGCUCGCCCUGAUGUCCUCGAGUGGAAAUUUCUCCAAGUCCACCUGAAGUACGGAUCAGAACUUCAUCCAGUUUUUGUCAGGUUCGACUGAUGAGGUGAUUUUUUAUGAGAACCUGACCAAGUUUUGAGCCAGUAGAUCGGAUUUGAAAAUCUGCAGGCGGACUCAGAUCGAGUUCUCAGUAUUAUGGUGGACGUUCUCUCAAAUUCAGGGUUCUGCCCAAGGAAUUCCCUUAGACAUUGCGGAUCCUGAAAGAAAUAUUACUGAAGAAAUGACGCCGGUGAACAUUCAAAUAACGGAAUAUCCAGGGGGCCAUAUGCUCCUCAUAACUCCUGAAGAAGUUCAUACUAACGUUUCUAAGACUCCAUCUGUCGGAAGAGUUCCAUCUUCUAGUGAAAAUACCGACCAUUGUCUUCAAAAUACCUUUAACAAGACCAUUCUAGGCUUACAAAAGCAACUCAACGAAAUUUCAUCAAAAGUAAGUGUUUUGGAAUCAAAACUAGAGAGAAGACUGAUUCACGAUGUUAAGAAUUCACCGAAUGUCUUCUUCGUCCCUCCGACGAGUCCUGAACCUUCGUUAAUGGGCGGAUCUGCUCUUGAACAUUUGAGAGAUAAGAAACCUGCUGAUAGGGUUGAGUGGAUAAUUCCUUUGACAGAAUCCACAACUCCAGCUCCUGAGCCACCGCCCAAAAAUCUAUUCUCCAGAAUCAUUUCCCAGGAGCACGCUGCAACUUCAUCAAUCCCUCAACAGCAGAUCGAUCUUCUGAAUCGAGCGAAAAGAAGGAGCGAGAAGAGGCGUGAAGCACUUGAUAAGAAACCGAAAGUAUUGUCCCUGUGUGCUCGGAUCAUUCCCGUCGAUGAGAAAACUCAAAACAUGUCCUCAAUCCCAACUAUCCGCCGGUCCAAGAGGAAUCGUCGUGAUGCAUUCAGUAAGGACAAUAGUUUGAAGGAACACUCGAUGAUGUCAGAAUGGCUACGUGCGGUGUACAAGCCCCAAGAAGAACGUAAAAUGGUCCGGAAUGCAGCACUGAAAGCGUGGUUGGGUAACAAGUUAGAGAGAGAUGGCUUGAAGGUUGAUAAUGUCAAACUUCGUUAUGCGGGGGAGGCUCCCUCAGUGGCUCUGAAGAUGCAUGAAGUCCAUGCAUCCACGAACGAUUAUGAUCAGGAGGAUCAGCGAAAAUGAGCAACAGUAGUGAUCACACGGGUAGCGUGCGGCUCUGGUGGUCGUCUAAGCUAAACAGCGUUUAGUCUGGUUAGUACUUGGAUGGGUGUCCGCCCUGCAUGGUUUCCCUGGUAGUAGUCCUAGCCCGAAUGGGGUGAGUGGAGAAGAGUAAGAGAGGCAUAACAGGGGACGAAAUUAGACGCCUAUAAAACUGUAACGGUAGUAGGAACGAUAUAUGAAUAAAAAUAUGUAUUUCCUUUUAUGCUCAAGGUAAAAUAAGUAGAUUACUGCACAAAUUUUUUUACGUCAUUGUUUCACGUCGCUGUGACUCGGUUUGAGUGUGCUGCAAAAUCUGAUAAACACUUUGAGGUAUUUACGACGAGGUUGAAAAAAUCUGGGGUAAGUUCUGAGAAAAAUCCUGGCGUCAAGUUUUUACAUCUUUAAUGGGUAAAUAUUUCGAAUUACUGAAGAGUAUCACUUUCUAAAUAAUGCAAUAGUCAUUUAAAAUUUUUUUAAAAUUUAACAUGGAUUCUGAUGGGAAAACAUGGUUUUACUCAAGAAAGUCUAUUAUAUCUUGAUAAAAAAUUGUUAUGAAGAAA